CGACCAGGUCGUCUAACGACUCCGCCCCUCACCCACCACCCCACCCAUCGCCUCCGCCACCGGCGAGAGGAGGCGGAGCUGCGCGUGGCGAUGAAGGGGUCCCACUCGCAGUCGCAGGCCCAGGCCCAGUCCCAGGCGGGCCGGCGGCGGCGGUGCGGGUGGCUGCUGCCGCUCCUCGUCGGCGCGGCCUUCCUCGCCGAGAUCGCGUUCCUCGGCCGCCUCGACAUGGCGAAGAACGCCGCCGCGGUCGAGAGCUGGACCACCUCCUUCUACGCCCGCUCCUCCGCCCCCGCCCGCGACGGGAAGGCAGCGGUCGUGGUCCCCGGCGCGGACGCGGACGACGCGCCCCCGGGCGGAGGUGAGGUGGUGGAGGAGGACGACGGCGACAUCCGGUUGUGCGAGGAGCGGCUUGAGAGGGAGGACGGCGUGCCGCACGACCGCGACUUCGACAAGGAUCCCGUCCUCGUCGGGGGCGCCGCUAAGGAUUGGAAUAAAUGUUCUGUAGGAUGUGAAUUUGGGUUUUCAGCUACUAAGACGCCUGAUGCUACUUUUGGAAUUGCCCCAGAUCCUACUGUAGAGAGUAUCCUCAGAUCGAUGGAGUCAUCUCAGUAUUAUUCAGAGAACAACAUUGCUGUGGCUCGAGGGAGAGGUUACAAAAUUGUGAUGACAACAAGCCUUUCCUCAGAUGUACCUGUUGGCUACUUUUCAUGGGCUGAAUAUGAUAUAAUGGCACCUGUGCCUCCAAAAACUGAAGAAGCCCUAGCUGCAGCAUUUAUUUCAAACUGUGGUGCACGUAAUUUUCGUUUGCAAGCCCUUGAGAUGCUUGAGAGCUUAGAUGUCAAAAUUGAUUCAUAUGGUAGUUGCCAUCGUAAUCAUGAUGGCAAAGUUGAUAAAGUGGAAACUUUGAAGCGCUACAAAUUUAGCUUGGCCUUUGAGAAUUCCAACGAGGAAGAUUAUGUUACAGAAAAGUUUUUUCAAUCGCUGGUAACAGGAGCUAUUCCAGUUGUGAUUGGUGCUCCAAACAUUCAAGAGUUCUCUCCUGGAGAAGGCGCAAUAUUACACAUUAAAGAGCUUGAUGAUGUUCCUUCAAUUGCCAAGACAAUGAAACAUAUUGCAUCAAAUCAGGAAGCCUUUAAUCAAUCUUUGAGAUGGAAGUAUGAUGGCCCAUCUGAUUCUUUCAAGGCCCUUAUUGACAUGGCAGCGGUUCAUUCAUCAUGUCGUCUUUGCAUACAUGUCGCGACGAAGAUUCAUGAGAAAGAGGAAAGGACACCAAAAUUUAUGAAUCGCCCAUGUAGUUGUUCAAGCAAAAGAGGAAAGGUAUACCACUUGUUUGUCAGAGAAAGAGGGCGGUUCAAGACAGAGAGCAUUUUUCUGAGGUCGGACCAAUUAACUAUGGGUGCUUUGGAGUCUGCUGUGCUUGCUAAAUUUAGAUCGCUCAAUCAUGUUCCUGUGUGGAAGGAUGAAAGACCACCAAGUAUUAGAGGUGGGGACGAGUUGAAGGUAUACAAAAUUUAUCCAAUCGGCCUUACACAACGACAGGCAUUAUACCAGUUCAGAUUUAGAGAUGACGCAGAUCUUGACAAAUACAUUAAAGAUCAUCCAUGUGCAAAGCUUGAAGUGAUUUUUGUAUAACUAUGCUCUAGACAUUUUCUUUUCUUGCGCCUUUCUCUAGUUGAAAAUAUACAAUGUGUAGUUUCUGCUGUACGGUAAGCUAGUCUGCUAGUAUGUCUUAUGUAGUACUUCCUCCGUUUCAUAAUGUAAUUCAUUCUUGCAUUUCUCACAUUCAUAUUGAUUUAAUGAAUCUAGAUAGAUAUAUAUGUCUAGAUUUAUCAACAUCAAUAUGAAUGUGGGAAAUGCUAGAAUGACUUACAUUGUGAAAAAGAGGGAGUAGCAACCAAUUCAUGCUCACACAGAUCUAUCUACAAUCAAAAGCACAGCCUUGUUAGGCAUUGAGAUACAUCGAUUGUAAAUUUUCAUCGACAGGCCAGAUGUUUUGUUUUUCUCACUUUUUUGGGUAACAGUCAACAAGGGAUUGACUUGGGACAAUGAACGAUAUUGCUGUGAUAUAAUGUAAUGUACUAUGUUAUAACUGUAGUCACGGAGAAACAUCAAAAAACGUUUGCAGAACAA